AUGAACAAUAGUAUUAUAGCAGUAGAUAUAUUACCUGAUAAUGAUGGCAAGUUAAUAAUGUACGGUGCUCCUAACAAAGAUACCUUUCAUGUAGUUUCUGGCAAACUACGUAUCGUAUUAUCGAAAUCUAUUAAAAUAAAACAAAUUAUUAUGAAAUUAAAAGGUAAAUCUGAAUAUUCGGAUUGGGAGAAUCAAUAUUCUUGUAUAAAUGUAUUGAAAUUAGAUCAAACAUUGGUGGAGAGAGUUACUAUUCCGUGUGGUGUCUCAGAUUUAGAUUUUGAAUUCUCGGUGCCUGGUAAUAUCCCUCAAACCUAUGUCACUAGUUUUGGUUUGAUUCGAUAUAAAUUGGUAGCUUUAGUACAACCUGCUUCAUUAUUGGCAAAAUAUAGUAGAGUUGAACGAGGAAUUCAUUUUGCUAGACAUUAUUUACCUUGCAGACGUGAAUUAUUACCUGCUCCACCUACAAAAGUUUAUAGAGGUCAACGAAAAGAAAUAUUGAAAUAUGAAUUAGAUAUACCAACUGUAAUAUGCGUAAAUGAAAAGAGUUUAUUAAUCAGAGUUAGAUUAAAUCCAUUAUGUGAUCAAGGAAGAGUUAAAAAAAUAUCUUUUGAUUUAAUUCAAUCCGAAAAAUAUAGAAUCCAACCAACUUCACAAGAUUUGGCAGAAUUCUCUAUUGAUAGUACUCAACUAUUAGGAAACGUACAAUUAAGUGGUUCAUCAUCUACAAAACGAAAACGUUCUCAUCCCAUAAAAUCAACCAUAUUAAAUAUCCCUCAUGAUGAUGACACUUGGAAUAAUCCAUUAAUUUAUAAUCUUCCCUUUUCACAAUAUAAACACAAUAACAAUAGAAAUUCUUCAAAUUCUAAUUUAGCUAAUUUAAAUCGAAAGAAUCAUUUAAAAUCUACUAUAAAAUCUCCUUUAAUGAAAGUUCGUCAUAAAUUGAAAUUAGUAAUCAAUUUUGAAAAUGAAUCCGAAAAAAGACUUGAACUUGGAUUUCCCGUGAUUGUCACUACUAUACCUGAAGAAGGUGAUUAUUUGUUAUACAAUGGAAAUAAUUAUGCGGGAUUACCUUCUUAUGAUGAUGCUUUAUUGGAUGAUCCAACAACUGUGGAUUAUUCUGCUAACAAUGUAUACUCCCGUCCACACACUCCAAGUAGUUUAAUAAAUAGCGAAAGCGAAAUCUAUUCGGACCCUCCCUCUAGAAAUCAAUCAAGAAGCAAUACGCGUCCUUCUACUCCUAUUAAUUAUUCUGAGGAUUUGAGGCCUACAACUUCAACCACCCCUACGACAAAAGAAAAGUCAACGUUCCUUUGCCCAAGCACUUGGACGUUUAUUACUACGCAGUGA